AUGGUGUUUUAAAAGCAAUGUGUAGUUUCUACAUAAAAUUCAUUGUAAUAGUUCUUUUAAAAUUAUUAGUUCAAUUUUAUCAAUUUUAUUUUAUUUGAUUUGUUUUGGAGUUGCAGGGUUUAUGCUUUAUACAUUCGAAGUACAUAAAAUGAGUUUAAGAGAUAUUUUGAGAACUUUUCAAUAACGAUAGAAAUUCAAUUAUAAAGCUACUGGAAAGGAUGAAGAUAUUGAAUCUGAAUUCAAAAUAGGAAGAUUAGUUGAUAAUUAAGAAAGCAAAUAUGGUAGCAUUUGA